AUGGCUAGACCGUUUGAGCCGGUGAAGAACAUUAAUGAUACGAAGGAGCUUUGGAAAGCGGCUGUUUGUAUCCAUCACAAAUGGAGCAUUGCUAAUAAGAACAAAGAACAUUUUGAGUUGGUCGUUGUUGAUAAAGAUGCAAGCAUGUCUAUCUGGUUGUUACGUUUACUUCUUCUGUUCAUCGGUUGUGACAUCCAUGUCAAAGUUCCUAAUGCUUUUAAACAAGCUUAUGAUUCACUAUUAACUGUUGGCAACACUUAUACAAUCUCAAACUUCCAAGUCUCUCUUAAUGAUUUGCUUUUCAAGCCUUCAUAUCACAAGUUUAUGUUGACAUUUACUGGUGGUACAUCUGUUACAGACAAGAAUAAACAUCAAAUUCCUGCAAAGCCACUUAAAUUCACUUCUUUUACUGAUAUUAUGACUAGGAAUUGGAAAAAGGAUGUUCUAAUAGAAAUUGGCUACACCCAACUUCAACAAGGGGGCAAGAAACAACAGAUCAAUCUAUUGUUGAAGGAUUUGUCGGACAACAUUUUGAAUUGCACUUUGUGGGAAGGAUAUGCAGUGCAGUUCCAUGAUUUCAGUAAAAAUAGAAAGGACACAACUCCACUCAUUAUUGUUUUGCAAUAUGCAAAAGUCAAGGAAGAAGGAAAGUAUCUAUUAUGUGUUUCUAACACUUUCAACAUUACAAAGUUGCAUAUCAAUGAUGACUUACCUCAGAUUAAAGAUUUUAUUGGAAGCCUACCAAAAUCCACUGAGGCAGAAUCUUCAAGUCAGGCUUUGAGUUUGCAGUCCCAGACUUUGUAUCAAUACUCAACUUCUUCUCAACACACUCUUUAUGAUAAACUAAUGUAUAAGGCAACUGUACUUCCUUUGGCUGAUAUUGUAAAACUCAGGGAGAUAACUCAAUGUGUUACCGUCGCAACAGUCACCAAACAGAGAGCUGCUCAAGGUGGAUGGUAUUAUCAAGCUUGUCAUCAGUGUCCUAGGGUUGCCAAAGGUAAUGAACCACUUUCUGAAUGUGGUCUUCGCCACAAAACUGAAACAGCCAUUUACAGGUAUAAAAUUUUAAUUGAAGUUUUUAAUGAUGGAACAAAAGCUACAUUUGUUAUAUGGGACCGUGAGGAUUUUCAACUUUUGAAGGCUGGUAUUAUCGACCCUCUUGAGUUCCCCUUAGCACUUGAUGCUUUAGUUGGAAUUACCAUGGUUUUCAAAGUCAAAUGGCAACCUGACUGGGAAAAUGUGUCUGUUAUGUCUAUCUUUGAAGAUGACAUUGUUAAAAAGGAUAUACUGCGUUCAUUUGGACAGGAAUUGCCUAAUUCCCAGAUCAUGCUAACUCCUAAUCUAACACAGAACAAUGAGAGUGUUGUUGAGGCUUCGCAUUUGGAUGAUUGGGACAUCAUUCUGGAAACCGAUGUUACGUCAAAUGCAUUGUCGGACCCUGUUACACCAACAUCAGCUGCCAAAUGGAUUGCUCCACAUGAAUCACUUGACAUUACUCCUUUAUCUGAGACGUGUGAAGGACAAGAGUCUUCCACAAAGAUGAAAAAACAUAUCAAACUGUAG